AUGGCCCAGCUCAUUGGUUCUUCCGGACCCGAGCGCGCAUUGCGCGAUUCGAUGGAAUACUGGUCGCGUUUUGUCGAUAAAUGCAUAUUCAAGCGCCUCAAUACAGAGACAUUUGAGGAAUUCAUCCCGCUUGUCCAAGACCAGCAUCCUCUCCCGCCCUUCCUGAUCGCCCUUUUAUUCCUUCGACCGCAGCCUCACAACGUCGUGAGCCUCGAUCCACGGAUACCGCCAUAUAUACAGAUUCUUAGCAAACUGGGAUAUGUUGAUGCGCCGUCCAUUUUGAAGGUUUUGUACAAGUUCUCGUCGCUGCACACGCAGCUCAAACCAUCGCUGCAAAAUGAAACCCAGUCCGCGAGCAAGGACAACAACCUUGACCAGGGUUCAAAAGAGAAGAGCAAGAACCCGCGGCGGUGGAAUAGUUCGGCUUGGGUGGAAGAGUUCAUGUUCUAUCAUGUUAUCAAGAUCAUUGUGGAGGGAACCGCCCUUCGAGAUUCACGCGUCGUUCUGGAGCUGGUGCAAGUCAUUUCCAAAUGGAUGGAGCUUUUCACCUCAGUAUCCAAUGUCUUCGCGACAGAUGUCAUGGGCGAACUGCAGAACUCACAGGCCCGUAUUGACAUGGAGACUACCCGAGCUGCCUUUGUCCCGCUCUUGUUGCGACUGGUCGAGGUUCCUGCGCUUGUCAAGGCCAUUAGCAGCCCGCAUGCUAAAGCUUUUCGAAAAAGCCUCUCAAACAAUUUGGCUGGCUUUAUUCAGACACUGCAGCCGGCCCCGGGCUUUGUCGAAAGGCUAGAGAUCUUCCGCACCGAAACUUUGGCCAGACUGGAUCCGAUUGAUAAGAAGGACCAGGCAGCCGCCAAUGCCGCCAUGGACGAGCUUCUGGGGACAACUGUUGGUCUAGACAGUUUUGUCAUCCCCGACUUGCUAAUCUCCAACACCAGAUCGGCAGUAUACGUCUUUUUGAAUGCAUCGGGUGCAACACAGUCGAGCGCCAUUGAAUUGAUAGUGGCAUCGUUUGAUAUCCUUGCCAAUGCUGUAUUCCGCAAUGAAGGACCCAAAGACGCACAUUUGUUGAAAUCUUUUCUUGUCAACAAAGUACCCCUUCUCCUAUGCCUCCUCUUUCUCCGGGAACCAACAUUUGACACCAAUGCUUCCGAGUUUUGCAUCACCGAGGCUCUGAGCCAAGUAGAUACUAGCGUAUUUCCAACCGCCUCGCUUAUGUUUGACGAAUCUAGAAGUAACAAUCCGUAUACUGAGAGCGUGCGCGAGGAAUUCUGCACAGCCUGUGCUCUUCACGGCCUGGUGCAAAGGGAGCACGUCGAACGGAUUUUAGGCGAGUUAUCCAUGUCAUAUGAGCCUUCACUAGAAAAGUACUCCAAGGAAAAGCUUGUUCAGGAUUGUUUGGCCGACGCCGAAAAGGUACAGGGAUUAAUACGAGAACUUGAGAAGAUGGAUGGCAACGUUGGCGCGGUCUGCCAGGCGUUGGUAGAGGUGAUGCGUCAACUCUGUAACAAUAAGGAAACCAUGUCGUUGAAACUUUUGUGUAGUCAACUGGCACAGAAGCCUCACAUUCUCGACAUUCUGUUGCUCUUUGAGAAGCUACCUUCUAUCCUGGACCCAUUAUGUCAGCUCCUGGAUAACUGGCGAUACGAGGAGGAUCAAGGCGAAUACCAGCCCAUAUACGAAGAAUUCGGCUCCAUCCUCCUCCUUGUGCUGGCCUUUGCGUACCGGUAUAACCUGACUGCUGCUGAUAUUGGCAUCACGUCACCCGACUCCUGUGUUGCCAAAAUCCUUGGUAGAGCACACAUUAGCCGUGACAGGGAUGAGCUGACUGAGCAAGAAAAGGGUCAUUUAAGUGGCUGGAUUCAUGGCCUCUUUGCUGAUUCCGGAGGCUUAGGUGAUGAUCUAAUGUCUUCAUGUCCGCCACAGGACUUUUAUCUGCUCGUAGCGUCUCUGUUCCAGAAUAUUGUCGUGGCGUACACCUAUGGCUAUCUCAGUGAUGAAACUCUAAAAGGAGGUGUAGAAUACUUGGUGGAUACGUUUUUACUGCCUUCACUUGUACCGGCACUGCGUUUCCUCGCAGACUACCUGUGGGUAGAGCAGAAAGAGCAAAAGGCAAUUAUUAAAAUCUUGCAACUCAUCCUGCUACCCAGCUCCAUCUCCGGGGAGGCAAGCACCAUGUUAUCAUCAGUCCGAAAUCUAGUAGCGAAACCGUUGGAGCACUCGCUCCGGACAUAUCAGCGCCAAGAUCCCAAGAACCAGGAUAUUGAGCCUCUCCUGAGAGCCCUCAAGGACAGCCUGCCGCUGUCACGGCGAACCGGUGGCGCAGAUCACAAUGAACUGGAGUCAUGGACUAAUAGCUCUAGCACGGGACUUGCAGGUGCCUUGAGGCAUACAGUACAAGGUCUCGUGCAAUGGAGCAUGCAUCCAAGUGUUAAUAGCAUGCCCACAUCUUACACACACAGACAAUUAAUCGCUGCGCAAAAAAUCACGGGAGCUAAGCGGACGCUCCGACUGCUUCUGGAAGAAGUUCGCACGCAAUCUGAGACGGGUAGCGCUAACAUUGUGUACGACGUCGUCGCGGCAAUUGUUUGCGCUCCCAACGUCACAAAUGAGCCUCCGCCAAACAACCAAAUGAUGGACGCAUCUGGCAAUGUUCUACCCGCCAUUCAACGACCCCUGACGCUCCGUGAAGUCCUGCGCCUCGAAGCCGAAGGUUGUAACAAGCUACAAAAGGCGGACCCUGUCCUGGCCGAGAUUGUGGUUCGCCUCUAUCGCCGCGUUGAAGCACACAUGGUGAUGCCCCAGAGCCAGACCAUUCUCGAGGCACCAGGAAUCCAGCUCGACCUUGGCUCUGGAGCAGGUGGCCUCGGGGACGUUGAUGCCAUGGCAGCUGUUGGUGUUGGCGGAGAUGGCAUGACGGUUGACGGGCUAGACAUGGGUAUUGGCGGCCCGGGAAGCGCAGGCGGAUUAGAUGCCACUAGCGACGGCGAUUUGUUUGGCGGCCUGGAUACGAAUGGUAUGGAUAUGUUUGGCUGGGGAGACAGCAUGGACUUGAGUGGGAAUUGA